GGCUCACCCACUUGCUCUUGCUCUCUCCGUGUGUGAGUGAGAGAGUGAGAGCGAGCGCUGUUGUCUCUCUGCCGCUGGCGGACGGUGUGCUUGGGGGGGGGGACGGUUUUGUGAAUGGAGGGAAGAUGACUGCGUGAGUGAGAAUGGACAAGGAGCGCGGCGUGAGCGAGAGCGGGAGAUGAGACAGACAGAGAGAGGGAAGGAGAAAGAGACAGAGUCUUCGUAGUCUCGGGAACACUGGCGUACGCUCCGCGGGAGGCUGGGGAUUCCUACAAAAUUAUGGCACACGGUGAGGAAGACCUGAUUGGGAUCCCCUUCCCAAACCACAGCAGUGAUGUCCUGUGUAGUCUGAAUGAGCAGCGGCGCGAUGGUUUGCUCUGUGACGUUGUCCUGGUGGUGAAGGACCAGGAGUACCGCACCCACCGCUCUGUGCUGGCUGCAUGCAGCCAGUAUUUCAAAAAGCUUUUCACUGUGGCUACCGGCGACGGUGACCCAAGCCAGCAUGGCAUCUACGAGCUGGACUUCGUAGCGCCCGAAUCACUGACAGCAAUUUUGGAGUUUGCAUACACAUCGACGCUGACAGUGACCGCAUCUAAUGUGAAAGAGAUCCUGGGUGCGGCGCGGCUUCUGGAAAUCCCCUGCAUCAUCAAUGUGUGCUUGGAGAUCAUGGACACAGGAGGAGGGGGAGGAGGCACCGGUGGUGGAGAAGGAGAGGGGUAUGAGGAGGAGUAUGAAGAGGAGGAUGAAGACGAAGAUGAAGAAGAAGAGGAAGAGGAUGAAAUGGUGGAAGAGGCGGGAGAUGAGUCGAAAGACGACGAGGAUGACAUCAGUGAGCGAUCCGUACAAGCAGAUGUUCCAAACAACCAGGAAAGACAAACUGUGGGGGGAGAGAGAGGUGCAGAAAGCCCACCCUGCAGUUCUCAGCAGAAGGUCCACUCAGACAGAAACCGCCCUGACUCCCAGAGAUGCAAUUCGGACACUCCAGACACCCUACAGGGUGACAAACCCAGAGAGCAAGAGGGACUGGAAGGCAGAGCGCUGAAAGACUUUUCCAUCGAGUCCCUUCUUCAAGAAGGGCUGUACCCAAAGAUGCCAGGGCUGGAGAGAGGGACAGGCUUUUCCUCGCUGCUUCCUGGAUUCUAUCCCCCAAUGUGGGCCACAGAUUUCCCAGGCUUCCCCCAGCUCCUGGAUCCCCACCGCCCACCUCACCUUUACCCCUCUGCCCCACUGGAGAGCGGACCCCUAGACCUUGCCAUCAAAAAAGAGGUCAUCAAGGAGGAGCUGAAAGAUGAGCUUCCCAACACUCUACUCCACAAAGACUUCCUCAAAGACUUCAUGAGCCCCGGGGUUGGUAUGGGCCCUGAGCCUCCGCUCAGCCAGAUUAAAGACGAGGCGGACCUGCGCAACUACCUGAGCUUUCUCUCGGCAUCCCACCUGGGGACGUUGUUUCCCCCAUGGCAGCUGGAGGAAGAGCGGAAGCUGAAGCCCAAAGCGUCGCAGCAGUGUCCCAUCUGCAACAAAGUGAUCCAGGGUGCGGGAAAACUACCUCGGCACAUGCGGACACACACUGGGGAGAAGCCCUACAUGUGCACCAUCUGCGAGGUCCGCUUUACAAGGCAGGACAAGCUAAAGAUCCACAUGCGCAAGCACACGGGCGAGCGGCCCUACAUCUGCCUCCACUGCAACUCCAAAUUCGUGCACAAUUACGACCUGAAGAACCACCUGCGCAUUCACACAGGCGUGCGGCCGUACCAGUGCGAGCACUGCUACAAGAGCUUCACCCGCUCCGACCACCUGCACAGACACAUCAAGCGACAGAGCUGCCGCGUCUCGCGCCCGCGACGGGGACGCAAGCCCUCCGCCUGGCGCUCGUCCAGCUUCCUCUAUCCUCCGGAGCCCCACGCGCUUCAGGGGGAAAGGACCCUGCGGCUGCCAGCCCAUGGGCCGCCUGUGCCGGGUCAUCUGGCGGAGGCGCGCCCCCCGGUCGGGAGGGGGCUGGAGGAUUUGGACGCGAGCAGCAGGGAGAGCCUGUCAGACAGGAAGCUCAUCUCAGAGGAGGUGGAGAGGAAGAGGGGGGUGUUUGCCUUCGCCCUGGCCAGGGAGGACAUUCUACCACACCCGCCCUUCUACCCUGCCACCCCUGACCCCUGGACCAUGAGACUGGAACGAGCGCCGCCCAUCCCCGAGGCCGCAAACUGACCCUCCAAACUCUUUUUUGUUGAGCACAAACUCUUAACACUUUGCUUUGAUUUCAUUUUUUUUCAGCUUCACCUGGAACGAGAAGAAAAUUCUCACCAUCUUCACAGACUCUGCAAAUCAUAUCUGAAUUUUUAGAUGUUCCUUUUUUUUUUUAAUUGUCAGCUUCCUAAUGUGAUGACAGGGAUUUUAAAUAAUCGAAAAGCGUUAAUAUCUUGGAUGUGUAUUUGUAUUUAUGAUUCUUAUGGUCGUUUAUGCUUCUGCGUUUGCUAACAAGGGUAAAUUGAAGUGGCACCUGCCCACAGACUGUUAAGUGCAAUCCAGUUUUUUGUUUUUUUUUCCAUUCCAAAGUUUCACAGGUAAGUCAGGUAUCUAAGGGACAGAACACUUUCCACAACCUCCAUCAGAAAUAAGCUAAAGACAGUGAUGUUUGCGUCAUAUUGUGCUUUCAGACAAGCUAUUUUAACCUGUUCAAGCUUACUGUAUGUGUACGUCUAUGCAAAAAAAAGAGAAAAAGAAAUGUUUAGAAAAAAAUGUGAAUUUUAACAAAAACACCCACAGAAAAAAAUUUAAAUGUAAAAUGUUUUCAUGACAGAAGAUGUUUGACUUAAAUAUAAGAAAGUGAACAAAAUUUAAUCCAAAAUGGGGGAAAAAAAAUCUGAAAAACAGAACGUUUUUUGUUUUAUUUUACUCUCAACGUCUCUAGUUUACCCUUGGUUAGUACCCGAUGCUUUGUCUGCACUAUUGUACAUAUUUUAUAUGAUGUUUUACAUAAUCUUAUGGUGAAGUUGCUAUAAUUGUUGUAAAGUAUUUUGACUUUUUGAACAUUGCAAAACAUCCAAAGAUGUGCUGUUUGAGAACAAACUUGAAAGUCUUUUUGAAAUCACAUUUUUAAAUACUUUUAAAAUCUCCUAAAUUGCUUGACUAAAGGCUUUUAGUCUUCUAUCUUUUCUUUUUCAGCUAUAAUUUGCCGGUUGAAAGUGUCUUGCAGGUGCUUGUCUUGUACAGAAAUUAAAACAGGGAUGGUGUCCACCCUUUUGAUAUUAUGGUUCCUCUUUUUAUCUGAAUGAAUCUUGUACGUCAUUGUUGUUUGACCUGAAAUGGAGAAAAUAUUUUCAUGCUAUUUAUGCAUAUUUAAAUAGGCCUUGGCUAUAUUUUGCUAAGAUGUUUUAUAAAGACACUAAAAUGAUUGUGUCCAUGUUUGUAUAUAGAAGAGAUUGGCCUUUUGUAAUGAGAGAACGUGUGUCUGUGUGCUGUUCAGGUUAUGAAUUAGUUCACUUAAGCCCUUUUGAACUGGAAACAAUCUCAGAAAUAAAAACCCCCCACUCUUUCAUUUUCUCUCUCGCUGUAAUACUUCCUCCUUGAAAGCACAGCCAACUACAGCUAACUUUCAUAACCGUCAUGAAGAGAGCCAUGAACUUUUUGAAGUUCAAAUCAGGCCUGUCACAGUCAUUCAUUUUUUAUUCAUUACAUGCAGCCAGGGUCAUUUCUGAGCAUUCAGGGACCCUAAGAGACAACCCGCAUAUUCUUCAGCAAACAGGAAAUAAUUAAACU